AUGACACUCAUGGAAUUUGCAAUGCGAUUUAAGUCUCACUAUGCCAAAACACAGGAAGAAGAAGAAGAAGAAAGCGUUGACAACGACGCCUACGAUGAUUUAGCCGUGAGGGGGCGCAAAAAGUUAAUUACACUUACAGAUAAUAGUAAAAUGGUUGUGAGAAACAAAACGGCUGUAGUAAGAGUUCCAUACUUUGUUGCUUCCACGGAUCCAGAAAACUUCUAUUACAAUUUACUUUUACAAUACAUGCCCUAUCACUUAGAACCAGAAUUGCUGGAAGAAUUCAAUUCCAGCAAAGAAGCAUUCAUGGCACGCGAAGAAACUUUAAAAAGAAACAGUUCCGUGAACGAGACAGACAACUUCAAAAUGCUUUUGAUCAAAUUCACGCUUUCGAAAUUCUUGAUGCGGAGCCAUCAGAGGUAG